AGCGGGCAAGCGGAGAACCGCCGGCGACUCUGAGACUCUCGACUAGUGCGCAGAAAAAAACAAUGGAGAAUGCUAUUAGGAAUCUGAAGAUCAAGGCGGCGUCUUGCAAACCCAUAGUGAAGGAGCUUCACUCAUAUGAGAAGGAGGUGGAGAGAGAAUCCGCGAAGACGAAUGACAUGAAGAAUCGUAACGCCGAUCCAUAUGACCUCAAACAACAGGAAAAUGUUUUGGCCGAGUCGAGAAUGAUGAUUCCUGAUUGCCACAAGCGUCUAGAAACUGCUCUGGCUGACCUUAAAGCAUACCUGGUGGAGCUCAAGGACGAUAAAGCCCCCGAUGAGGUAGUUAAAGAAGCUCAAGAUGUCAUUGCUGAAGUAGAACGCCUGCUUCCACAGAGCAAACCCAAUCAAGAAGGGACUGAGGUUGAAGAAGCUGGAGAAGUUUAAGGUUGAACGGCGUGCUGGGUUUUCUGGAUUUCAUGUUUUUUUUCCUGCAGCUCUGUUGUUCUUGACAUUAUAUUCCCCAAUUUUUAUCCACCGCAUCGAAUUUCAUUCUCUCGGGCUCUUUAUUCUUAAAGGUGUGUUCAUCUGCUGUGGGUUUGCCAUGGCUCAACUUGUAAAACAGCACCAUAUGCUUGCUUGGUGGUAAUUGGAUAAAUUGCUCUUUAAAUG